GGAGUACGGGGAGUAUAAGGGCCACCUGUACGGGACCAGCACCGAUGCUAUUGACGAGGUGCUGAAACGAGGACGGAUGUGCAUCAUCGAUGUUGAACCACAUAGCAUCCAGUCGCUGCGGACGAAGAAACUGAAGCCCUACGUGAUCUUCAUCAAAGCUCCGAGUCCGGACAGACUGAGACAAACCCGGAGAGACGCCCGAACCAUCACCAACUGCACCGUCAACAGAGCAUUCACAGAGGGAAGACUUUGUGGAGCUGGAGGAGGCGUCCCGGCUGAUGGAGGCCAAGUACAAACAGCUGUUUGAUAGCGUGCUGGUGAACGACGACCUGCAGGACGCCUGCAUGCAGCUCUGCUCCAUCAUCCAGGCAGCGCAGCA